AUGACGAUUCAGGGUUUGAGUGGCUUUCUUAUUGAGAAAAAAUACAUAAACACGGAAUCUCUCGAGUAUCUUCGUGGAUGUAAAAUAGGGAUUGAUGGCUUCCAUUGGUUGAAAUUAUUAUAUCAUGAAAAACAUGAACCUUUUCAGAUUGCAACAGGAGGAAUACCAAUUUCAUUAGCAUAUUUGGUUCAAACAAAUUUAAAGCAAAUCAAAGAUGCUGGCAUCACUCCAGUGUUUGUUUUCAAUGGUAUUAACUGUGUUAAAAAAGAGCGUUCAACAGGAGUAUAUCAAUCAAGAACUGUUUCUCUUAAAUCAGCUUGGGGAUCUUAUGAAAAGGAUCAGAAAUCAGAGGCUAAAAUGCUUUUUUCUAGAGCACAAGGAAAUCAAAUUCUGGCCUCUCCUGACACAAUUAAUGCUUUGUUUGACUUAUUUAUUGAAAAUAAUGUGGAGUUUAUGAGGGCUCCAUACUUGGCUUGGGGACAGCUUGGCUAUAUGACAGACACCAACCUAGUUCAUGGAGUAAUGGGAGAUGAAGAGUUAUUGAUGUUCGACAUCCCAAGAGUUAUUUUAUCUAUUGAUUGGACACAAAAAACAUUUCAAUAUGUAGAAAAACAACAAAUACUAACAAGUGAAAGAGUAACAAACAAUCAAUUUUUGGAUGCUGCUUUGCUUUCUGGAAGCUACUUCUUCAAAGGAUUUUCAACUCCAUCACCUUUCCAAAAUAACGUCAAGAAGGAAGAGCGCUUCAAAACAGAAAUUGAGAAUAUUAAGGCAAUCGGAUCUGCUAAAGCUAUUUUCUCUAUGAAUCACAGAGAGGAUCUUUCUAUUCCAUUUCUUUUAAACAAAUAUUUGAUAAUGCAUCAUCCAGUUUUGGACUUCUUUACAAAUACUGUGGUAGUUAUGAACAGGGAUGAACUUCCAAGAGAUUUCGACGAGAUUGUAGGCGAGAGAUUACCAGACGAGAUUUACUUUUUAAUUUGCCACGGACUUUUGUCUCCACAAUUCGUUGGAAAUCUGGUUAAUGGCAUAUUCUAUGAACCAAGCCCAUUAUUUGACUCUGAAGAGUACAAGGAAUUUAUUGAAGUAUGGAAACCAAUUUAUUCAACAUCGCUCAACUAUCUUACAAGCGAAAUGAGUGAUUAUUUCAAGCAAAAAGGUGUUGUUCUUAUUAGGUAUAACAGCUCUGACGAGCACAAAUUAAGUGAGAUUACCAUUGACAGAAAGCCUGUAAAUGUUUUUUUAGAUGGUCUCCAAUUCCAGAUUACUGAUGCCGCGAUUUCCAAACACUUCCAACAACAAAAGCUAUCUUACUCAAAGGAUUGCACUUCUCUAGGUUUUGCACUAAAUUGGAAGCCAACUCCUAUGAAAAAAAAUCAACCCCAAGAAUUCUCGACAGUUAAUGAGGUUAAAACGUUCAUCCAUUUGAAAGUAUUGGAAUCUUUGACAUAUAUGAAGAAGCCACUACAGGGAUCCACUGAUUUUUUGACUGCAAAAGGAAAAGCAUUAGCAACAGCUAAAAUUUAUGUAGAGCAAACAUUAAUUCUUAUAGAAUUAGCAAAAAUGUUAACAAACACAUGGAGAUAUGAAAAGCCAUAUGCUGUUGAAGAAAAGAUUGCCAACGAAGAAGAUGUAAUUUUAAUUACCAGAGUUAUGAGUCUAGUUCCAUUGACAUUUAGACGAACAGGUCUUUCUCAAAGUGGCUGGUCUGGUCCCAUCAAGCUAGAUCUUGCCAUUUUUUACUCUAUUGUUAAGUUAUUGCAGACAAAUAUUGCUCAUUUGUAUGAAUCCAUUUUGACUGCUGUUUAUAUGUCACAUAACAUUGCCUCAGACAGUGUAGCAUCUAUCAUGACCUCGCUGAGAAAUUUAUCAUCCUUCAGCGUUGAUUCUAACAACACCAUGGGUAUUGUAGCUCACGUAUUGUUGACCACUCCAAUUGAAAAAUUAACUCCUACCCUCUUCAAGACGCAUUUCCUUUGUUGCCAAACUCCAUUCAAAGAGUUUAAGGAUAAGGCAAUUCCAUUCUGGCAACAAAGUAUUGGUGUACUCAAAAAGCUUGCAGCUGGCAACAAUGAGUACAGAGGGCUUGCACAAAGACUUGAUAGAGCAAAUGAAUUGCUCGAGGAACGAUUGAAGCUCGUCUCUCCAAUCCUUUCUUCAUUAGAUUAG